AUGGAGGAGGAAAAUUUAGCGCGAUUACAUAGGGAUUUGAAAAACAGAAGCCAGGGGGUUUUAGUCUUCGAAUCUUGUUUUAUGCUACUGAUUAUAUUGGCAGCGUUCCUCGGUAACUUUGUUUUGAUUUUGGCGAUAUUAAGAAAUCCAGGUCUUCGAACUGUGACAAACAUGUUUUUGGUUUGUUUGUCAGUAGCUGAUAUACUCACAGCAUCAUUGGUCAUGCCAUUCACUGCUUCCAUCUUUAUACACAGUGACUGGGUAUUCAGUGACGCGGUUUGUACAUUCCAAGGAAUUUUUGCAAUUUGCCUCGUUUGGAUCUCACUCCAUAUGGUGACUUUGAUGGCUGUUAAUCGGUAUUUCUGUGUCCUUAGACCGAGACUUUAUCGGAAAUGGUUCACCAAAAGAUUCUCCAUUGCAAUGAUUUGUGCAGUUACCAUUGCGCCCUUUGUUCUGACCAUUUCACCACUUUUCAGUGGGUUAUUUACUUACAUCUUUCGCCCGGGAAAAGCUUCUUGUUUCAUGACUUUCAAUCCGGAUAAAAGACUUGAAAAGAUGACAUAUAUUCUUUCGUUACUAUGCGUUUACACAAUUCUGCCCAUGAUUCUUAUCACUGUAUGCUAUUACAAAGUUUUCCGCAUGGUAAAAGAACAUGCCAUGGCUACAAGAAACACCAUUCGGUCACGGCAGUCUGGGAGUUUGAGCUCAGAGGAGCUUCAAAUGACCAAAAUGCUUCUUGUUCUCGUCGUUACGUUUGUAAUCUGCUGGCUUCCAGUUACAACAGUGGAUUCCAUAAAUGCAGUGCUAGGUACAGGUAGCCUUCCUCGAGGAGCCUAUGUAACCUACACGUCAUUUGUAUAUCUCAGUAGCUGUAUCAACCCGAUAGUUUGCUUAACACUCAAUGGCAAGAUUCGCCGACAGGCAAAGAAAAUUCUCUUAAUUAAAAGAACUUGGCAGGUGGCAGAUACAGAGCUGUCAAUGGAUACCACGGUUGGAUCGACUGUAGCUCGUGUUCGACAAGGCGCUGGGUUAAACAAAACACCACGUGAUUUUUCUACCUAA